AAACUGAAAUAUAUCUUGUUUGUGCCCUCCAACAGUCUGCCAACCGAGUCCUUGGUCAUCACGUUAUACCCAAGGUAGGAGGUACUGCAUCCUAGCUCCGUCCCGCUUCCGUCCGCCGCCCCUCCUCCACCAACCAACCCCACCAUCAAUCAGUCAGCCCAACCCACCAUCGCUGCCUCCUCGCAUCAGCCUUGCGCACCCGCAUCUUGCACUUGUACGACUCUCUGACGCCUCCAACUGCAAACUCCACGCUCGAGGAAGACCUCCACAUUACCAGAAUCGAUCUCAAGCUGCCACACCCGCAGCCACAACCGACGCCAUGUUGAUCAAGGUCCGAACGCUGACCGGCAAGGAGAUUGAGCUCGACAUCGAGAUGGACUACAAGGUCUCGCAGAUCAAGGAAAAGGUCGAGGAGAAGGAAGGCAUUCCCCCCGUUCAGCAGCGUCUGAUCCACGGCGGCAAGCAAAUGACCGAUGACAAGACCGCUGCCGAGUACAACCUCGUCGCCGGUGACACCCUGCAUCUCGUCCUCGCUCUUAGAGGGGGACGAUCCAUGGCCUACUGAAGGAGUACCGGGUUCAAAGCUCGGUGGUCGAACCCCGACGGAUUGAGAUAUGAAGACAACGAGAUGGUGGACGGGGACGAAUCGCGAAGGCUGCAUUUUCGGGCGUUGGGCGGGACGACAUUCACGAUAUUUGCGCACGCAUAACGAAAGCUGUGUCUCAGACUCAUGCAGAGAUGAUCGAUAGUUUUGCCAUGGUAAAACGGGACCGCCACUGUAUUGCUC